GACAGACGCGCGUGGUGACGAUUUUGAACCAGAAACAAAGUGGUAAUCGAACUGCCGGAAGGAAUGGAAUUUGUACAGGAGUAUACGGCCGAGGAGGCGGCUAAUAUUGAUAAGGAGUUUACACGGUUGAAAGGCAAACACUACAUGGACCACGCCGGUGCAACUCUCUACGCGGAGUCGCAAAUCCGUGCCGUCCACGAGCUGCUGGCCGAAAAUCUGUUCUGCAACCCCCACAGCAGUCCGCUAACGGGAAAACUGUUGGAGCAAGUCCGCCACCGAGUGCUCAAGUUCUUCAACACCCACCCGUCGGAGUACAGUCUGGUGUUCACUUCCGGUGCGACCGGUAGUCUCAAGCUGAUAGCGGAGAGCUUUAACUUCCACCCAGAGAACGCUCCCGGAUCCCAGGAGGAGGGAGCCUUCGUCUACCUGCGGGACAAUCACACUUCCGUACUGGGGAUGCGAGCCAUCGUGGGGACCGAUCGGAUUGAUGUCCUCGAACGGGAGGAUUUCUUGCGGCACAUGAAGCUGUCGGCACAGUCAUCCAGUCAGAAGAAGCCGUCGUUGUUCGUGUUUCCGGCGCAGAACAAUUUCAACGCCUCCAAAUACCCGUUGGACUUGAUUGAGGAGGUUCAGCUCAAUGGGCUGUCGGGGUAUGCCGAUGAACGGUUCUACGUGUGCCUGGAUGCAGCUAGCUACGUAUCGACGAACUUUUUGGAUUUGAGCCGCUACCAUCCGGAUUUUGUGUGCAUGUCUUUCUACAAGAUUUUCGGGUACCCAACGGGUUUGGGGGCACUGUUGAUCCGCAACGGAUCAGAGCACGUCUUGGAUAAGAAGUACUACGGUGGAGGAACGAUCAAGAUCUUGCUUAGCGGGCAGAAUCUGCAUCUCAAGCACGAUGACCUGGUGGUGCGAUUCGAGGACGGGACUCAACCAUUCCUUUCGAUCAUUUCGCUUCUGGAGGGGAUGAAUACGAUUCAGCGGUUGAUUCCGGCUGCCAACGGGUAUCGAUCGAUGGAGCGGAUAUCGAAGCAUGUGUUCAAUCUGGCAAAGUAUUGCUAUCGGAAGCUGACACCCCUGCGGCAUGCAAAUGGUAGAAAGGUGAUCCUUUUCUACGUGGAUUCCCAGUACGAGACACGUGACCGUCAGGGGGGAAUCGUUACGUUCAAUGUGCUGACGGAGGACGGCAGUUAUGUUGGGUUUUCGGAGUUUGCUCAGGUGACUCGCCAGCAUGAGAUCUACGUCCGGACGGGGUGUUUCUGUAACGCCGGAACCUGUCAGCGGCAUCUUGGACUUGCCGACGAGGAUAUAUUGAUGUUCUAUAAAAUGGGCAAGGUCUGCGGAGACGAAACGGAUAUGAUCGAGGGUCAACCCACGGGAACGGCGCGGGUUUCGUUUGGGUACAUGAACAAGAAGGAGGAUGUCGAUCGGUUGGUGGAGAUGAUACGGGAUUGCUUCGUUUCGAAGACGGUGAGCAAGGUGGCAGUGGUAAGUCCCAUGAGAAAGGUGGUCAAGAACGAAGGCCUAACGCUGAAAGCGAUCUAUGUCUAUCCGAUUCGAUCGUGCGGUGCGUUCCCGGUAACCAGCCGAUGGCCUUUGGCCGAUCGUGGCUUAAAACACGAUCGCGAGUUCACCAUCGUGGAUAGCAAUGGAAACCCGAUGUUGCGAACAAAGCAUUCAGAGAUGUCCACGAUCAUGCCGAAAAUCGAUCCAAAUCAUGGCAUCCUCAUCCUGACGCAUCCAUCGAUGAACGAUUUGGUUCUGAACUUUAACAAACUUCCCUUGGGAUCAGACUUUCAGUCGGGUGAUUGUGGCGAGGAGGCAGCUGCGUGGGUUAGUCGAGCUCUACGAAUGCCGAGACUUAGGCUAUUACGAACCUCGAUGGACGAUCGGAAGCCGGCACCUAAGCUGUUGAUGAUCAAUUGGGAUGCGCUGAGAUCGCUUGGCGAUGGGGAUGAUGUCGACGAUGGACUGACGAUGUCCUGGUUGAUUGAGCAUUUCCGAGGCAGCCUGGUCGUGGAAGGGAAUGCCGGCGCGGAUGUACAUAGCUGGAAGGAGCUUAAGAUCGGCAACAGCCGGUUCAAGGUGGCUGCAAGCUGCACUCGUUGUCCGAUGAUUCAUGUAGAUUCGACGGGAGAUGCCAUUUCGGCGGAUUCGUUGAAGGCGAUUGCCAAUGUGUUUUCCAGGAAGGUUCCCCUGGGUGUCUACUUGGCUUGUGUCGAAGACGGAGGAUCAACGGGUUUCCUAGAGUGUGGCACUACGUUAGACCCGGCAAUGAAACAAAGCGAUCAUCCUGAGGUUCAGAUCAUUACGGAUUCUGUUUCCAGGUAUAACUUUCUAGUUAAGUAAUCAGACCAACAUUUUCAGAAAAUUAAAUAAAUUGACAAUUUUCAUGCAACGUUGUGUUUUCAUUUGAAGAUUCACAGACUCGCACACCGAACUGCAUGUAGUAAACAAACGGCAGCUCUGUGUUUACUGUUAUGCAAAUGCAAAUGUUGCAAAACGAGGCGCGCGCAUGGCGGCCCCGCGCCGGCUCGGUAAUCCUCAUUCAUCUGCAUGCUUCCAUUAUUUUUCGCGUUGAUAAUAAGUGAGCACCGUGUGAUGGUGGCUCACUUUCUCCUCUAAACGGCCCACUUUGAGAAGGCGGUAGAAGAAGUGGACCGGCCUUUAUUUACUUUUUUUUAACAGUUUCAAACACGACGACUGGUGGUGGAGCAUACUAUUUCCAGC